UCACCGGAAAUCGAUCUGUGACCGUGAAGGCAGCGGACAUUUUGGCCAAAACAGACGAAACAGAGUGUAGAGGGAGACUUUUAAAGUCUGUAUAUCUGUAUAUAGGCCUCUCUUCACCCCAGUCAUGUGGUAUGAAAUACUCCCCGGUUUUGCUAUAAUGACAGCGUGCUUGAUCAUUCCUGGCAUCGCUACUGCAGAGAUACAAAAAUACACGAACAGUGGAAAGGAGAAAAGAAUUGCGAGAGCCCCUUACCAGUGGUACUUGAUGCAGAGAGACAAGCGAUUGUCGGGGACUGGAGUACAUUACAAGUCAAAGGGACUUGAAAACAUUAACUGAAGAUCACCCAAGAGCCCUGCCCCUGUCUAAAACUUUUGAAAUGUGUAUUUUGUCCAGCUGUCUAUUAAAAUAAUGUAUAUACUUUA